AUGUUGUGCGCAGCUCCAUCACGCGGGGAUGGCAAGGCUUUGCGCAGUAUUCGUGAAGUUUCGUUUCCCACUCUGACAUGCCCAGGCCAGAUAUCUGACCGUGUUCCAAGCGUGUGGGAUUUGGAUUUUGGGUGCCGCCUGUCACUGGCUGGCGGCUGUUGGGUGAGACUUGCAGGGAAUGUCCGGCGUCGCUCCUCCAACCACAGGCAUCAACAUGUGCGUUGCCGCAGCUCCUGUCCUGGGAUCCACCUUUUAGUGGACGGAGACUCGCAUAAUCCAGAAGAGAUCGCAUAUGCUUUGCGGAAAUUGCAGUCCGGGGCCAACACGGUGACAGGGACACUCUUUGCAAGCCCUGAUCGGCUUCGAAACAAGAAGUGGGCACAUUUUCUUUGCGCCGAGGGCAUUCUCUUUCAUGGUGUCGAGAGAACAGCUGGCUACUGUGAUCCGACUGAUGAAGCCAUCAUUGGCCACAUGCACAAGCUAGCAUUUCUUCCAGAUGUGACCUGCGUAGCGGUGUUGACAUCCGACACUGAUUUCAUACACAGCGCGAAGCACAUUCACAAUGCCGAUGCAAGUGCAGAGAUUCGUUUUUUCGUUCCGGAGCCGAAGCGGGGUGUAAUCAUGCGGUACAGAGAAGCCGGAUUCCAAGUCAUAGCAGUUCCUCCUCCAGUUGAGCACCCAGGUUACAGAGUGCAAGCUUUCCUUUAUAGUGAUGGCACUGGCGCAGUUCAUACGUCCGAACCAAUCCGGCCACUGUACGUAGAUAGCGAAACCGAGGCAUUGAAAGAGGUGUUAAGGCAGCAUGGACAUUGGAGUGAUUCGCACUUCAAUUGGAUAACAGGCUUUGUCAAGUACUGGUUUUCGAACUCUCUGGGAACACUCACUGUGUUCCCCCGCCACAGCGCAAUCAUGCAAAUGAGUGAGGCCGUGUCAAAGCAUCGUUUGCAGUUGGAAGAGCCUGUUCGAAAUCUAGCAUUUUUCUUCCCACUCGGAAAAUCGUGCAGCAACAGAAAAAAGUCGCAAAGACUUGGUGGGGACAUGGCCUGGAAAGUUUCCAGAAGUACUGGACCAUUCGUGCUGCAUGAUUCUGAUGAGCUGACAGUGACUGCCUUGCGGAAGCUUGGAUAUGUUGACGGAACGUACAACUCGGACGUAUCGGAGUCCAUGCUAGUGUUUGCCAACGUGUCCUACAACAAGCGGCUGCUGCGAGAGACAGGAAAUCUGCCGGCCCCCUCAGAUUCAGACAGUCAGCUGGAUGCCAAAAUCCGACAGGCCUUCCUUUCAAGCGCGACGACCGGUCAUUGGCAAGUGCCGCCCAAAGACACGGCACUGCGGAAACUCCUUUUUCGUGACGGCUACCUUCCGGCUGAGACUGUCUCACAACCGGAGGUGCUGUCAGCCAUGCAGCUCUACUCUCGUCGCAACGGCUUGCCAGCUCGGCAAACCUACCUGGGAAACGUAUGGCAGAUAACCAAGCAGAUAAACUCUGCUGAUCCUGAUCGCCGUGAAGUUGUAGGAGGUUUCUGA